AUGUCUCUCACGAAUUGUCGAUUCUAUGAGGACAAGUAUCCCGAGGUGGAUAGCUUCGUCAUGGUCAAUGUCAAGCAGAUCGCCGAGAUGGGCGCAUACGUGAAGCUGCUUGAAUAUGACAACAUCGACGGCAUGAUCCUGCUCUCAGAACUUUCCCGCAGACGUAUUCGCAGUAUUCAGAAGCUCAUUCGCAUUGGGCGCAAUGAGGUUGUUAUCGUACUCCGUGUUGACAAGGAGAAAGGUUACAUUGAUCUCUCAAAGCGCCGUGUCUCCCCCGAGGAUGUGAUCAAGUGCGAGGAGCGGUACAACAAGAGCAAGGCAGUGCACUCUAUCAUGCGCCAUGUCGCAGAGGCAACUCAGACUCCCCUCGAGAACCUAUACGAGACCAUCGGGUGGCCCUUGAACCAGAAAUACGGCCACGCGCACGAUGCCUUCAAGAUUUCCAUCACAAACCCCUCUGUUUGGGAUGAGAUCACUUUCCCCAGCGAUGCCGUCAAGAAGGAACUGCAGCAAUACAUCAGCAGCAAGCUUACCCCCCACCCUACCAAGGUCCGUGCCGAUAUCGAGGUCACCUGCUUCGGCUACGAUGGAAUCGAUGCCGUCAAGGAUGCCCUUCGUACCGCUGAGGCCGACAACACCCCCGAGAACCAGAUCAAGGUCAAGCUGGUGGCUCCUCCUCUCUACGUCUUGGCCAGCCAAUGUCUUGACAAAACCCACGGCAUCAAGAUGCUGGAGGCAGCAAUUGUGAAGAUUGAAGAGCGGAUCAAGGCCAACGGCGGUACCUGCACCGUGAAGAUGGCACCCAAGGCUGUUACCGAGCACGAUGAUGCCAUCCUGCAGGAGCUUAUGGAGAAGCGUGAGCGUGAGAACAUGCAAGUCAGCGGAGAUGAGGAUUCGGAGAGUGAUGACGAGUAA